AUGGAUGUUGUUGGAAAUAUUCAUGAUGGUGGAACUAGCCCUGACCAACAAGGUGUAGGUUUGGGUUUGAUUGAUCGUAUGGAAAGACUUGAAUUCGUGUUUAUAUUAUUUUUUAUGAAAAAGGUGUUGGGUAUAACAAAUGUCUUGUCACAAGCAUUGCAAGAGAAAAAUCAAAAUAUAGUGAAUGCUUUAGACAUGGUUGAAAGUGUCAAGUGUAAGUUACAAUCAUUGAGAGAUGAUGGAUGGGAUGAAUUGUUGGCUAAUGUUUCAGAGUUUUGUGUUAAAAGUGAUAUUGAGAUGCCAAAUAACAUGAAAGAUACUAUGUUGGUCCGAGGUCGUCCAAGACAUGAGAAACAAACUACUACAUAUUUGCACUACUAUCGCGUUGAUGCUUUUUACUCGGUUCUUGAUAUGAUUAUGCAAUAUAUGAAUAGUCAUUUUUCAGAAUCUACUAUUGAAUUGCUUUCUUGCAUAAGUUGCCUUGAUCCAAAAUAA